CGAGACUCUGACACUGAUCUCGGGUUCCCCGAUUCCCACAGGCGGACUAUGAACAACUUAAGCAACGGGGAGACGGCGUCCGAUCCGCCCCUACCAGGUCACCACAUCCCGGCGCUGGUCUUCGGGACGCUGCUGAUCCUGUUGAUCCUGGCCGGGAAUCUGCUGGUCUGCCUGAGCGUGUGCACCGAGCCUCUGCUCCGGACCGCCACCAACAUCUUCAUCGCUAGCCUGGCCGUCUCCGACUUACUACUCGCACUCCUCGUCCUCCCGCUCUAUGUUUUCCAAGAGUUUCAGGGUGGACUUUGGACCCUGGGGACUGGUCUCUGUGAUUACCUCAUGACCAUGGAUGUCAUGUUGUGCACCGCCUCUAUUUUCAACCUGUGCGCCAUCAGUGUGGACAGGUUUAUUGCCAUUUCGAUUCCCCUGAACUACAACAGGAAACACGUUGAUGUACGUCAGGUGGUCCUCAUCUCCAUGACCUGGAUCCUGGCUUUUGCCGUGGCCUCUCCCAUUGCUUUUGGUCUGAACCAUGUCCCAGAUCGCAACGCCAGUGUGUGUCAGCUGGAAGGCAGCAGCUACAUCAUCUGGUCUUCGGUCUGCUCCUUCCUCCUGCCCUGCCCCGCCAUGCUGCUCCUGUACUGCGGGAUACUGCGAGGCCUCAGGCGGUGGGAGCAAGGCCGAAGCCACAGGCUCCGGCGUCACAUGCACGGCUUCAGGAAGAUGGAUGGGAGCUCCUCAGAGCCCCGCAGUCCACCCACAUUGACGCAGAGUCCUCGUGUAGAGCUGCAUCUGUUCCCGGACCCAGCCUCUGAACCGACAGAGGGGCCCAAGCUUAUCCUGACCUCCUCGCAACUGAAGUACGCACAGCCACGUCCCAGCAAGAGGAAGUGGGCCAAGAUCAAUGGUAGAGAGCACAAGGCCAUGAAGGUGCUGCUGAUCGUCGUAGGUGCUUUUCUCUUUUGCUGGACACCGUUUUUCGUGGUCCACGUAAUGAGAGCGAGCUGUGAGACCUGCAACAUCUCUCCUCAACUGAUCAGUACAGUGACAUGGCUUGGAUAUGUGAAUAGUGCACUCAAUCCCAUCAUCUACACCAUCUUCAAUGAGGAAUUUCGGAACUUCUUUCGAAGGAUCUUGCACCCUUGCUGCUGA